AUGGCCGGUUACUUUUCCAACCACUCACAAUCCCAAUCGCGUUUCCCGAGCGCGAAUGCUACGAACGCGCCGUCAUCGACCACGACUGCAGUGGCUGCGCCCGGUAAACCAACAAGGAUACCCUCCUCAGGCCGCUUCUCGACAUCCGUAUCGUCCUCCGGCGACGACAAGACGUUGACGAGAGACAAAAGCCGUUCCGGUAAUGGGACGCCUACAGGUGUACACCCUCUGAAAAACACCUGGGUUUUUUGGUUCCGCCAACAACGUGCUCCUGGAAACAAGACACUCAACUAUGAGGAGGGUAUCAAGAAGGUCGCGGCAUUCAGCUCUGUCGAAUCCUUCUGGUCCCUCUGGACACACGUCAAUCCUCCGUCGGCUCUCCAGCCGACGACGGACUACCUCCUCUUCCACUCGGGCGUACGCCGACCGGUAUGGGAAGAUCCCGUCAACAUCUCGGGCGGGAAAUGGAUCCUUCGUCUUAAGAAGGGGGUGGCGGACCGUAUCUGGGAGGAUUUGGUCCUAGCGAUCAUUGGCGACCAGUUCGCCGACGCGGACAGCCUGGAUAAGGAUGGACCGGAGAUAUGUGGCUGCACGAUUAGCGUGAGGCAGAGCGAGGACGUUGUGCAGCUGUGGAACCGCCAGGAGAAGCCCGAGGUCAAAGAGAAGAUCAGGGAGACCAUGCGAAGAGUACUAAACCUUCCCGCCUCCACGAUCAUCGAGUACAAAUCGAACAAUGGUUAG